GUCUGGUCGGCCAUAUUGGAAUCUGAAGUCUAUAAGCCCUCCGAAGAUACAGAGUGACUGGAUAUUUUGGAGUCUGUAAUAUUGCUUUUCUUUAUUCCGAUUGCGGCUGCAGAGCCCGGCAGUUCCUCCCGAGACCCCGCCCUCUCUAGACGGCAAGUUGUCUCUUAGUUCAGCGGAGAAAUGAGCCCGACCGACGCCAAGCGCGGAGCGAAACGCAGGAAGAACAAGCGGGGCGGUGGCGGCACCGGCUGCAGCGGCGCAGUCGGCGGCAAGGCCGGCGCCCCGGCCGCGGCCCGGAGUCCCCAGGCGGGGUCACCCUCCUCCGUGAUGGGCUUCCUGACAGCGGGAGGCACGGGGAGUACUGGUGCCGGUGGAGUUGCGGGCCUGCGCGGAGAGGUCUCCAUGAACGGCAUGCAGUUCUCCGAAGGGCCGGCGAAUCCCGAGUUUACAAACGUCAUGCAGACUCCCUUCACCUUUGGUCUGGGGCAGAGGGCACCGUACACAGCUGGGGAGCGCUGCCUCCUCUGCCGGAGCGAGCGUAAGGACUGCCCGCCCCUGGACGCCAGUUCGACGGGCUCGAGCGGCACUUGCGGCUCGCCCAAAGCCGGCGGCCUGCUGCAGCUGCCCCUGUGGGUGUGUCCCGAGUGCCGGCGCACUGUGGAGACGGAGGAGCGACCCGCCGCCCCCGAGCAGCCCUUGCCGAGCCAAGACUUCCUGUUGCACAUGCCCAUGGGCCCCAGCAGCUCGGCCUCGGAGCCCAUCGGCGGGUCCCCGACGCUGCCAUCCCCGGAUCUGGGCGCCCCUGUCCCCUCCGACCCGUCAUGUGGCUGCGAGGCCUGUGUGGAGCGGAGGGAGAUAUCGGCCGAGUCGGAGAGGGAGUCCCAGCAGCUUCAGAACUACUGGUCCGAGGUCCGGUACCUGGUCCGGUGCAUUUACCGGCAGACGGGCACGCCGCUGGCCGACGACCACGACCAGCCGCUCGACCGGGACCAGGAGAGCAUGAAGGAGCUGGUCGACAGACUCUGUGAGAAGGAUCCCUACCAGCUGUACCAGCGCCUGGAGCAGCAGGCCCGCGAGUAUGUGCUGGAGAUGAAGGUGCGCCUCCUGAAACACCUGUCCGCGGGCUCCAAGGCGCCGGCCGUGCAGGGCCCCCCCCAGGCGCACCAGUUCAUGUCCCUCCUCCUGGAGGAGUACAGCGCCCUCUGCCAGGCGGCCCGCACAAUCAGCACCUUCCUCCUCACGCUGGAGAACGAGCACCUGCAGAAGUUCCAAGUGACGUGGGAGCUGCACAACAAGCACCUGUUCGAGAACCUUGUCUUCUCGGAGCCACUGUUGCAUGGCAGCCUGCCGUCACUGGUGGCCCAGCUGAGGCACGGGACGGCGUCACGGGACUCCUACAGUGAGGACAUGUACCGCACCUUGCUGGAGAACUACCAGCAGCUGGAGCGCGAGAUGCAUGCGGUGGCCGCCGAGUGGCUGGAAUGCGAGAAGCGCAUCGACGACUAUGUGGACAAGCAGAUGUCACUGAAGACCAAGCAGCGCAUGUUGAAGGAAGACUGGGAAUUCUUCAAGCAGAGGAGGUUCAUCGAAGAGCAGUUAACGAACAGCAAGAAGUCCCCCCCUGGAGAAGGGAACUUUACAGAGGCCAUGAGGCAGGCGCUGUCAUCCCGAAUAAGCAUGCCGGACUGUCCCAACUGCAACUACCGCAGGAGAUGUGCCUGCGAUGACUGCAGUCUGUCCCACAUCCUGACAUGUGGCAUCAUGGAUUCCCCCGUCACGGAUGACCUCCACGUGCGCCUCCCCCUUCCCCCGGGGUCCGCGCCGGCACCGGACUUCUUGCAGGUGGCGCUGCAGCCCAGCGUGUCCUCGGCUAGCUCUGCCUCUGGCUCGGCUUCCAGCUCCCCCGUCCCGGUACAGCGGGCGGCUCGCCUCCCUGCCAGUGACGACGCCCCCGCCCUGGGCGGCGAAGAUGACGAAGUGCCUCUGCUCUCGGAGAAGUUUCCAGAUAUUUACCCGCUAGGCGGCUACGCUGACCCCAAGGUGCUGGCUGCCGUGAACGGGCUCCACGGCGAGCUGAAUGGCGGGGGCGAGGACAUGCCCUGCAAGCACGAGUCUCCCAGAGCCAGCAGCAGCUCCAGCUCCAGUACCAGUUCAUCCGAGGCUGAUGAGGAGGAGGCGGAUGGGGAGAGUGGCGGGGAACCUCCGGGACAGCAAGGGGCGCUCUCCCCAGGAAGCAGGAGCUCUGUCAGAGGGUCCUCUCAGAAUGACAGCCCACCACCGUCGUACCCACACCAGCAGACGGAGCCCAGCCCACAGCCCUGCGAGUGCCACGCCUGCAGCCAGGCCCUGUCUGGCCUCCCGCCCGGUCGCCCGCACCCCGCCGGGCAUGCCUUCCUCCCGGAGAAAGGCUCCCAUCCUGCUUUGCACCUGUACCCUCACAUCCACGGCCACCUGCCCCUACACGGCCUCUCGCACCUACCACGGCCCCUCCUGCACCCUACGGUCUACCCCAGUGCCCCCCUGCCACACAGCAAGACGCUGCCGUCUACCCCGACGUCCAGUCACCCGAGCAGUAAACACCCGGUGUUCCCGCCCUCGCUCCCCGACCACGUGUACCAGAACUGCUUCGGGAACGCUGCAGCCGACUGGAACAGCGCCCUCCAGUGUCCGUCGCUCAAGUUCGAAAACAUCUGGGACACCAACGUCAUCAAGAGCUGGAACCCCGCCCUCUUCCUCCAGGACUCCUUGCCGGGUGAUAUGAUAGGACCGCCGCUUCCGGAAGUCCCGCCCACGGCGGCAGGCGGUGAGGCCCCUGUCCCCACGGAGACGAAAGAGAGGAAAAACGGCGCCAAAAAGAAGUGUCUUUACAGCUUCCAGGACGCCUUCAUGGAGGCCAGCAAGGGGACGCUGGGGGCGGCCAUGUCCACACCCCCGGGGGCCUGUACGUCGUCCGGCGCUCAGUCAAGUGACGUGUUCCACAGCAUCUGCAAAGAGGAGCACCGGCUCCCUAACCCCGUCGCCCCCCACAGCAGCCCCACGGGCCUGGCCUCCCUACCUCCCCUUACUGGGCCACCUCUCCCCCCGGCCUCGGCGGCCCACCUUCCAGCCGUCGCCUCCCCGCACUUCCCCAAGAGAGUCGCCCCGGCCCCAGGCUUCCUGGAUGCCCCCCACCCAGCCCUCUACCUCCCACCGGGCGAGCCCACCGCCGCUCCACCAGUCGAGAGCUGCGUCAGCGCCCCGCCCAGCGUCUGCAGCGACCCGGACUGCGAGGGGCACCGGUGUGAGGCCAACGGUGCCUACGACCACCAGCCCUACGAUGGUGACGAGAGCCCGGACGAGGACAGCUGCUCCGAACACAGCUCCAGCACCUCCACCUCCACCAAUCAGAAGGAAGGAAAGUACUGCGACUGCUGCUACUGUGAAUUCUUCGGCCACGGUGGGCCUCCCGCGGCCCCCACGAGCCGCAAUUUUGCGGAGAUGCGCGAGAAGCUGCGCCUGCGCCUCACCAAGCGAAAGGAGGAGCAGCCGAAGAAGGAGGAGACGGUGCCGGAGCGGGAGGGCGUGGAGGACCACCGCAAGGUGGAGGACCUUCUGCAGUUCAUCAACAGCAGUGACAGCAAGCCCACCAGCGGUGCCAAGGCGGCCAAGAGGGCCCGGCAUAAGCAGAAGAAGAUGGAGGAGAAGGCGCGGGUGGAGGCAGAGGCUCGAGAGAGGGAGGAGCAGGAGCAGCAGCGGCAGAGGGCGCAGGAUGCCCUGAAGCGUGAGCUGCUCCACCUGCAAGAGCACCUCCGCACGGCCAAGAAGAAGAAGAAGGAGCGGGCCAAGGAGGGGUCCAAGCCCGACCCGGCCACUCAGAGCCCACAGCCCCUGAGAGAGUCCGCCCAGAAGGUCCUGGAGAGCUUCCGCAACAGCAAGGAGCACCUCCUCCGUGACAUGGUCCAUCUGCCCGGCUCCCGGGAUGGGCAGAUAGAGCGGGUAGCUGGCCCCGAGGACCUGGUGAACGGGGGCGACCUGACCCCGCUCCAGUCAGGUCCCGACCGUGAGAAACCGUCGGAAGCCACAGCUCCAUCGCCGCGGGAACAGAACGGCAAGGCGCGGCUGAGGCAUCCGCCGGCCGUACCUGUUUCGGAGCUGACGAAAAAGUCACCGGAAAGCCCCAGAAAUGUGCCGGAGGUGACCCCCCCGGCCUUCGACGCCGCCCUGCUGGAGGUCAAGGGUAAAUCGAAGCCCGCCGAGGAAGCCGCCUCAGAGCUUAAGAGGGAGGAGAGGAGGAACAGCUCCAGCAGCAAGAAGCAGCUGAACCACGUGAAGGAGGAGAAGGUGGUGGCUGUGGCCGAGCCGGCCCCCCCCACAGAGCCCCCCCAGCUGAACGGGAAGCCCCCCAGUGCAGAGUCGCCACAGCCCAAAGGAAAGAACAAGAAGAACAAGAAGAAGAAGGGCGAUAAGAACAGCAAUUCCAUAGAUGACGUGUUCCUGCCCAAAGACAUCGACCUCGACAGCGUGGAAAUGGACGAGACCGAGAGGGAGGUGGAGUACUUCAAAAGGUUUUGCCUGGAUUCGGCCAGACAGACUCGACAGCGUCUCUCCAUCAACUGGUCCAACUUUAGCUUGAAGAAGGCCACCUUCGCCGCCCACUGAUGGACAUAGGGGGAUGCGUCGCCAACCCCCACCCCCCCCCACCACCCCGGCGACCCCUGACCCUCCCCAGCUGUGUGAAACGUGCUCCCCCGGCAGGCGAGCCCCUCCGUC